AUGGCUAAAUCGUGCUUACGAGGAAAGGUUAUAACAGCAAAUUUCAUUUGGACUGGAAAUACAUUUGAAAAUGGAAUUCAAAUGCGAAUUGAUCAAAAUGGUUUUAUAAGUGAAAUCGGCAAGAAUCUGUUCAAAGGAAGCGAAGAAUUGUUUGAUUUUGGUCAAAAGGCAUUGAUUCCAGGGUUUGUAAACAGCCAUUCGCAUGCAUUUCAUCGUUACAUGAGAGGUCGGAGUCAUAUCGGUUCAUCCUAUAAAGAUUCUUUUUGGAAAUGGCGAGAAGAUAUGUAUUCAGUUGUCGAACAUAUAGAUGAAAAAAUGUUAUAUGAAUGUACUCAUGCAACUUUCACUGAAAUGCUUAGUGCUGGUAUAACAACUGUUGGCGAAUUUCAUUAUCUUCAUCAUGGUAAAAAACGAUUUUCACUGGACCAAAUAAUUCUUAAUGCAGCUCAGGAUGCUGGAAUUCGUAUUGUUCUAAUAAAUACUUUGUAUUGCAAUGCUGGUUUUGAUGGUUCACCUUUAACAGAAGCCCAAAAAAAGUUCAUUUCUUCUGUCAACGAAUUCAUCGAAAAUAUUGAAUUACUGCAACAACGAACCAAACAAUUACAAACGAUUGCAGUCGCGGCAUUUGCAUUUUACCGAAUGUUAUUUUAUUUCGUGAAGCAAGUAACAGGAUUCAUUAUAGCACAUUCGUUAAGAGCCGUUUCUGUAGAAGAUAUCUCCAUAUUAAGCAAAUGGUGCCAAAAGACAGGAAGACCGAUGCAUAUUCAUCUGGAGGAACAACAAAAGGAAAUUGAAGAUUGUCGAAAAAUCUAUGGUUGUGAUCCAUCAGAACUUCUUUUGCAAAAUAUAUCACAUUAUGUGAAUAUAACAGCUGUUCAUUGUACGCAUACUACCACAAAUUUAAUGCAACUGUUGGCUCAAAAUGCUAUCAAUAUUUGCAUAUGCCCUUUAACCGAAGGUUAUCUUGGCGAUGGAAUUCCAAAUAUCGUUGAUGAAGCUCAUAUUUGCCUUGGAACUGAUUGCAAUAAUCGAAUAUGUAUGUUGGAAGAAAUGCGAUGGUUAACAUAUUGCCAACAUAUGCUUCAUCACACACGUAAUGCAUGUGGGCUUGACGCAAGAAAACUGUUAUGUAUCGCCACAGAAAAUGGGGCCAAAUCGCUAGGUAUCGAAAAUCUUGUUGGUCGUUUCUCUCAGGGCAUGCAAUUCGAUUUCGUGGCAUUCGAUUUGUGUUCACCUCGUUUAGGACAGCAGUUUGAUGAUUUGCUUGAUGCAAUUGUUUUCGGUGGUGGAAAUGGCGAUAUAGCCUUAACUGGAGUGUCCGGAAUGAUUGUUUUUAGUCGGAAUUAA